CUCAAAACGGAGCAAGUGUUUCCAGGGACAGUAUUAGAUGACGGGCCGAUCUGACAGAAUGGACUUUGAUGCGCCUUCUUUAAGUGACGCUAAAUCUUUUGCGUGGUGACACUGAAUUACUUCUGCAAAGGAUUUUUUGACAAGAUGGUGUUCUCAUUCAGAUGUUUAUAACUGCGUCUCGACUGUCCAGAGUCCUGCAGCUCACCCUGGCGGUCAUCAAGCCCGAUGCUUUUGCUCAUCCUCUAAUCUUAGAGACCCUUCAUGAAAAAAUAUUGGAAAAUAACUUUAUCAUUGUCAGGCGCAAAGAUCUUAUUUGGAAAAAGGAGAACUCCGAGAUGUUUUAUGCUGAACAUUCAGGGAGAUUCUUCUAUCAGCGACUGGUUGAGUUUAUGUCAAGUGGUCCAAUGCGGGCAUAUGUUUUAGCUCGAGAUGAUGCCAUACAUCACUGGAGAGAAAUGAUGGGGCCAACCAAAGUAUUCAGGGCCAGACACACCUCCCCUGACACAAUCAGGGGUCAGUUUGGCCUCACAGACACAAGAAACACGACCCAUGGCUCAGAUUCUGUGGAGUCAGCACACAAAGAGAUAAAGUUCUUCUUUCCUGAUUUCUGCAUUAGCAAAUGGAUGGAAGAAGAGGAGCCCUCAUAUAGAGCUGGAAAGGCCUAUUAUGAUCCGCAGAGAUUGAUCCAUACACUGUCAUGUCCGAAUUGAUGCCAUAACUGAUUUAGAUCAUCUAAUGAAACUUUCUCUUUACUUUCAAAUGUCCGCAAUUGCCAGAUUGCUUUUUAUAUUUUCAUCCUUGCCUUAUAUUUAAUAUACUGUCAUAUAUAUGUACAGUUUUUUGUUUUUCAUUUGUGUAAAUUAUUUCUGCAUUGGAAAAAGACACAUUGUAUAAUUAAAAAAAAGUUUUUUUUUUU